AUGUGGAACCGCCUUUUCCGAUCGCCGUCAUGGGUCAAGAUUGCCAUUUUUAGUAGUGUAUCAAGUGUGCUGUCGCCGUCUUUAUUUCUCAUCGUAUAUUAUGUACAGAUCCCUUCAAGAACUAUGCCUCGCAUAUCCAGAAUUCAAACCUUGCAGUAA